UCCCGCCGUCACAGGGAUGCCACGCCCUACAUCGACGACGACUCCCACCAGCUGUGGACCGAGGAUGCCUCCGGAGGGCCCGUGGACGGCGAGGACGUGAGCACUCGCCUCCUGCAGGAGAGUGAACCGUGCCAAAGCCACUUCUGCGAGCGAGGCCGCGUGUGCCGCCUGGACUGGCAGGGAGAGCCAACGUGCGAGUGCCAGCCCUUCUGCUCCCGGCACCGCAAGCUCGUGUGUGGCACCGACGGCCUCCUCUACCUCAACCACUGCGAGCUCCACCGCGCCGCCUGUGUCACUGGGAAGGCCAUUCACAUAGACAGGACAAGGAAAUGCUUCAGAAAAG